GCUUUUUUAGAGACCCAACUUGAAGUUUUGCUGAUUAUUUCUGAAUGGGAUGCUUCGCUUUCAUGUAAUCAAAAUUUUAGAGGUAUAAUCAAGAAGAACAGCAACUAUGUUAAUCAGAUAGUAACCCUGAUAGAAUUACGAUGAACCGUUGGAUCUCAGGAGAUCAAACCAUAGUUUCAGAGCCUGAUGGGACUUUUGAGCUUGGUUUUGUUAACCCAUCAGGUAAAUCUUCUAAAUACUACAUUGGUAUUUGGUACAAGAAAGUUUCUUUGCAAACUAUAGUUUGGUUAGCAAAUAGAGAAAACCCGAUGUUAGACAAGCAGUCUUAUGAGCUCAAAUUUGUAAAUGGUAGUCUAGUUCUUGUAAGUGGAUCAAAGUCGGCACCCAUUUGGUCCACUAAUACAAAACUGAAUUCGAAAUCGGUGGAGGCAGUGUUACUUGAUUCAGGAAACUUUGUUGUUCGGGACGGAACUAAAAAUAGCCACAGGAUACUCUGGCAGAGUUUUGAUCAUCUUACUAAUACUUGGCUUCCGGGUGGUAAACUUGUUUUUGAUAAAAGGAAAAACCAACCUCAGCGGCUUAUUUCAUGGAAGAACAAAAAGGAUCCUGCCCCAGGUCUAUUCUCUCUUGAACUUGUGCCUCAGGGUAAAGAAUAUGUGAUUAAGUGGAAUAAAUCACAAAAGUAUUGGACAAGUGGGGCGUGGAACGAACAAGAGAGGAUUUUCAGUUUAGUUCCUGAGAUGAGGUUGAAUUAUGCUUAUAAUUUCAGCUAUAUUGAUAAUGAAAAUGAGAGUUAUUUUAUCUAUAGUGUUUAUCAGUCAUCGAUUAUAUCCAGGUUUGUGAUGGAUACUUCUGGUCAGGUUAAGCAACUUACAUGGCUGGAGAACACCCAAGAAUGGAAUUUGUUUUGGUCCAAUCCUAAGCAACAGUGUGAAGUUUAUGCUUAUUGUGGUGCAUUUGGGAGUUGUAACCAAAAUUCUUUGCCAUUUUGUACCUGUUUGAAAGGAUUUCAACCUAAUUCUGAUGCUGAUUGGGGGUUGAGUGAUUACUCAAGGGGAUGUGUAAGGAAGACCCCACUGCAGUGUGGAAUUUCCACUUCUCAGAAAAACAAGGACAACUUUUUUGUGUAUUACAAUAUGAAAUUACCCCAAUCUGAUCGUUCUCUUAGUUUUCCAACCAUAGAGGAAUGCGAAGCAGCUUGCUUCAAUAAUUGUUCUUGCUAUGCUUAUGCGUAUGAUAUUGGUGGGUGUUCUGUUUGGUAUGAACAUCUAUUCAACAUUCAGCAACUUUCUGAUGGUGAUACUAGUGGCAAAACUCUUUAUCUUAGACUUGCAGCCUCAGAAUUUCCAAAGAAGAGCAACAAGAAGUUGGUUAUUGUCAUUAUUGUGGGUUCAGUUAUUGUCACCUUAGCCAUAUUAGGUCUUGUUUUCAUUCUGCUAUGGAAGCGGAAAACAGGAUCCACUGGUACAAACAGAGGCGUUGAAGGGUCGUUGAUUUCUUUUGGAUAUAGAGAAUUGCAAACCGCCACAAAUUUCUCUGACAGACUAGGAGGAGGUGGGUUUGGGUCUGUUUUCAAGGGGACAUUGCCAGAUUCCUCAACAAUUGCUGUGAAGAAGCUAGAAAGUUUCAGUCAGGGUGAGAAGCAAUUCCGAACAGAAGUAAGCACCAUUGGUACGAUUCAGCAUGUGAAUCUUGUUCGCCUUCGUGGGUUCUGUUCUGAAGGAGCAAAAAAGCUACUGGUGUAUGAGUAUAUGCCAAACGGCUCGUUGGAAACACAUCUCUUCCCUGACAAAAGUUCAAACCUCUUGGACUGGAAAACAAGAUACCAAAUUGCACUGGGGACAGCAAGGGGAUUGGCAUAUCUACAUGAGAAAUGUAGGGAUUGUAUCAUACACUGUGAUAUUAAGCCAGAAAACAUACUUCUGGAUGCCGAGUUUUGCCCAAAAGUUGCAGAUUUUGGGUUGGCCAAACUUGUUGGGCGGGAUUUUAGCCGGGUUCUGACGACUAUGAGAGGAACUAGAGGUUACCUUGCACCUGAGUGGAUUUCAGGAGUAGCAAUAACUGCAAAAGCAGAUGUUUACAGUUAUGGAAUGAUGUUGUUUGAGCUCAUAUCAGGCCAUAGAAACACAGUACAAGGCCCAGUGAAGUUCUUCCCUAGUUGGGCUGCUAGCAAAGUAGCUCAAGGGGCAGAAAUUUUGAGUAUAUUAGACCCCAGCUUGGGAGGUAAUGCUGAUGAACAACAAGUUAUGAAAAUAUGUAAACUUGCUUGCUGGUGCAUUCAAGACAAUGAAACUCAAAGGCCGUCAAUGGGGCAGGUGGUUCAAAUACUUGAGGGUUUUUUGGAUGUAAAUAUGCCUCCCAUGCCGAGGUCCCUCCAGGUUUUUAUUGAAGACGAGGGGAGUAUAUUGUUCUACACUGAAUCAUCAUCACCUCAGAGUUCACAAACACACAACACUUCUAUAGCUACAUCUUCAAAAAGCAACAACAACGUCUCCAUGGUAAGCAACAAAUCUCUUGAAUAAUGUACAUUAUAAUGCACUUGGAAAUACAUGAUCAUCCUUUGCACUUGAAAACAGUUCUAGAGUAAGGGUUUUUUCUACCGUGUCCCCUUCCUGUACUUGUAGAGUUGUAAACAGUAUAUGUGAAUGAAGGCUGGAUGUAUAAGUAUACCUUGUGCUCAUAGACAAAGUCUAAUGAUAAAUUUCGGAAAUCGAGCAUUAGUAUAGGAUUAUUUUUCAA